UUUUGGCACCCGCCUGCGCCCUCUUGUAUGUUCAUCCUCGGCCGAUGCCCGACAGCUUGUCGCUCAUGGGCGCCAACCGCCCCGCGGCCUGCUUUAUACCGCUGCCGGCGAUAAUGGCUAACAGUGCCUCUAUAGACCCUCACUCUGCCAAAGCCCCUGGUCGAGUUCGGCAACAAGCGCAUGAUCCUGCACCAGAUCGAGGCCCUUGCUGCCGCCGGUGUCACCGACAUAGUCUUGGCCGUGAACUACCGCCCUGAAAUCAUGGAGAAGUAUCUGGCCGAGUAUGAGGAGCAGUUCGGCAUCAACAUCACCAUUUCGAUCGAGAGCGAACCUCUGGGCACCGCCGGCCCCUUGAAGCUUGCUGAGCGCAUUCUACGAAAAGAUGACACACCAUUUUUCGUUCUAAACUCCGAUAUCACAUGCGAGUACCCCUUUAAGGAGCUUGCCGAGUUCCACAAAUCGCAUGGCGACGAGGGCACCAUAGUCGUGACCAAGGUGGAGGAACCGUCAAAGUACGGCGUCAUCGUCCACAAACCAAAUCACCCCUCCCGUAUCGACCGCUUCGUUGAGAAGCCGGUCGAGUUCGUCGGCAACCGCAUCAAUGCCGGCAUUUAUAUCUUCAACACAUCGGUGCUAGACCGCAUCGAGUUGCGACCAACAUCCAUUGAGCAGGAAACGUUCCCGGCCAUGGUUAAAGACGGCCAACUACACUCGUUCGACCUCGAAGGUUUCUGGAUGGAUGUUGGCCAACCCAAGGACUUCUUAACAGGCACCUGUCUAUACCUGUCGUCGCUCAGCAAGAAGGGCUCGAAGUUGCUCACGCCGCCUACGGAGCCGUACGUGCACGGCGGGAACGUGCUGAUUGACCCCUCGGCCAAGAUCGGCAAGAAUUGCAGAAUAGGGCCAAAUGUGACCAUCGGCCCAGAUGUUGUGGUAGGCGACGGGGUCCGGCUACAGCGCUGCGUGCUGCUCUCUGGGUCAAAGGUCAAGGACCACGCCUGGGUCAAGAGCACCAUUGUCGGCUGGAACAGCGUUGUCGGGAAAUGGGCGCGCCUCGAGAACGUGACGGUCCUGGGAGACGACGUCACCAUCGGCGAUGAGAUCUACGUCAACGGCGGUAGCAUCCUGCCGCACAAAACCAUCAAAGCUAACGUUGACGUGCCUGCCAUCAUCAUGUAAACAGAUAUCUGAUUCAUCUGACCGACGUGGUUCACGAGGUAACGUUCCGAUGUCGCCCUGCUGGUCUCGAGCGCCCUCACCCUAGUAUUCUCCUUCUGCGCGUUCGAGAUGGAAAGCGAAUACUGCCUUCAACUCCUUCUGCGUAUCACUUUCCCCCGAAGACGGAGGCGGAUUAUUUCACCGCCCGCAUUCGGAGACACAACUCUCCCCUUUUCCGCUUCCCCCUAUUUCCUGCUGGAUAAAUACACCGCCGAACCGCGCAACGACGGCCUGGCGUCAAGUCAUGAAGCAAACCGUGUCGACUUGAUUCGUUUGUUGGCGCCAAAUAAUGAGAGUCAGAACGUAAUAAGGAGAUUUGGGACUAAUGGUGGAACCUCUCUGCUGCUAGACGGGUAAAGGAGGA